AUGAAAGAGCUCUCUCCAAAACAACAGAAAAGUCUGGAAGAUGACGGUCCACCCGAUUCUACAGCUGACGGUGAAAACCACUUUGCAAAGGCAGAACCCAAGGAGAGAGCCUCAAAGAGACUUUGUGUGAAACUAAUCAAACUUUUGCUCUCCCCCUGUGUUGCUUUGCUCCUCAUGGCUCUCAUCAUGGGGGUGCUCUCUGAUAUCGAUGGACAAUCCAUACAGUUACAGAAGGAACUUGAUGAUGCACGGGAAGAAUUUAGGACACUUUUGAAGGAACUGGAGGAGGCCAAGAGGAAACUGGAAAACUUACUGAAAGAUCGCACAUCUCUGUCUGACGAAAAUACAGAACUGCAGAAGCAACUUGAUCAGAUGAAGUUAAACUGGAAGGAUCUUCAUACUGAAUAUACUAAUCUCUUCAGACAAAAGACUGACUUCCAGAUUGAGCUUCUCUUGACCAAGAACAAAUGUGAAGAAUUAAUGAGUGACCACAUCUCUCUGUCUGGAGAAAAGAAAGUCCUGCAGAAUCAACUCGAUCAGAUUCGAAUGGACUGGGAGGACUUGAAGAGUGAAUACACAUCUGUCUCUCACGAAAAGACAAACAUCCAGGUUGAGCUCCAUCAGGCUGAGAAGGAGCUGGAAGACUUGAAGAGUAAACAUGAAACUCUCUCUGAAGAAAAGACAGAACUUGAGCAUCAGUUAAAUCUAACCCAGUCAAACUGGGAGGAUGUACAAAACCUAUACUCGGCUCUCCAGAAAGAGAAGUCCAAAAUCCAGACAGAACUUCACGUUCUACAGGUUGAAAAGAACAAAAGCUGUGCAGAUGGCUGGGAGUACUUCAGUGGGAAGUGCUACUUCUUCUCCUAUGAUUGGCUGAACUGGACUCAGAGCAGGGAUGCAUGUGUGUCUUUGGGAGGACACCUGGUCAUCAUAGAGACCGAGGAGGAACAGGUGUUCUUGAGUAAGGCUGGUGGAGGUUACUGGAUUGGCCUGAGUUACUCUUUAAAAGAGGGUGAUUGGCGCUGGAUGGACAACACAGCCCUCAGAACCCCAAAAUUCUGGGAAGAGAGUCAGCCAGAGGAUGAUGAAGAUUCUGAUGACAAAUUGAAUGAGGAAGAGGACUGUGUUAUCAUGACGUGGACCAAUAAAAACUGGGAUGAUGUCUUGUGUAAAGAACAGUAUAAAAGAGUCUGUGAAAGCAAAGCAGCAGACUGAUUGUAUGAGCAGAUCACUCAGUGACUAUGGACGAUAGGAAUGUGUAUUACACAGAAUUAUGGGUCAUCGUGAAUGUUAAAGGGCAGAGGGCAGAGAGCAACAUAAGUUGGGGUUUUGAUGCAUUCUGGUGUUAUCCACUGUCAUUCUAUUUAUCCACUGUCACUUGUACAAAAAGUAAUUCAUUUCCUACCUCUGGUAACCUGUACAUCAUUUUUAUAUGUUCAAGCUUUUGUAAAUAAUACUGAAGAGUUCUCACCAAAGUAAACUGAUUUCACUCAUCACAAAAAAGACAUUGAGUGCUCAAAUA